AUGUUGCUAACGUAUUUUGAAGACCUAUCCCAAUCUUUCAACCGACUCCUUGACGAGUUGGACGACUACAAUGUCAUAAUAGAAGUGGGUACUGGCAGCACAUUGAGACGGUUUGCUGCACAUUCGGUAAUACUUCGCGCGAGGUCGUUGUAUUUUAAAACAGCUUUAUCGUCGAGGUGGGCAAAAAAACAGGGCGGAUAUUACAUCUUUAGCAAACCAAACGUUGAUCCGGAUGUAUUUAAAUUGAUUUUAAGAUACAUUUAUACCGGGACUCUUUCUCUCAGCCAGCAACAACCCACAACUCUUCUUUCCCUUAUUGUUUCUCUCGACGAAUUACUUCUCUUUGCGCCGCUCCAUGACGUCGAAACCUACUUGAUCGAUCAUCACUCUGAUGUCCUUCUCAGACAUGCUGUAUCGAUUCUGUCGCUCUCGGCACGAACCAAUUCGUUCUCCAUUCUUCGUGAACACAUAUAUGCGUCCAUUGUCGCGAACCCGACAAUCUUAUUUGAUAGUGAAGACUUGGGAAAUUUAGAAGAGGAAAUAUUGAUGGACGUGAUACAGAAUGAUAAGUUGAAAGUGGAAAGGAGAAAGAUUUGGAAAUGCGUUAUAACAUGGGCAAGAAAGAACGUUAGUCGAGGAGAGAAUGAAGCUGAUACGACGGAAAGAGAUGUUGCGAUAAUGGCAGAGAAUCGCGAGAGAGAAUGUGUAAACGAACAUUCAAGCGAACUUCAAAAGCAUAUGUCACCUAGAUGCAAUUCAGAUAAACGCAAAAACCUUGGGAAGCAGAUUUCACGCGAUCCACGAUCGUGGAGUGAUGAGGUGCUCGAACGGAUGAAAGAUUUAGUAAAGCCGUUUUUGGAAUUUGUCAGAUUUGAGGAGAUGACCCCACAGGAAUACGAAUUGCACGUUCGAAUACCAUACAAGGAAUUAAUCCCACCAGAUAUGGAUGAGGUUUUACUUUCUUACUUUAUAAGUCUUCGCCCAUCAUCUCCGCAAUUAUACAAUUCGCAGAUUCAAUUUCUGUCACGAUAUCAAUCACCGAUGAGUGGAUCAAUGUCAAACCGAUCGAGAAUUCUCACGAGGGCACAAUUCCAACAAGUGAUAUCGUGGAUUCAGCAUGUAUCUGAUGCUUCAAUGGCGGGUCUAUAUCCAAAAGGAAUGCAAUUGUUGUUACGUGCAAGCGAAGAUGGGUUCGAUCCAAGUACCUUUCGGACUCUGUGUGGGUCUCAUCCGGGAACCAUCGUCGUAUAUAAAGUAUUUGGAUCACAGACUAUACUCGGUGGAUACAAUCCUCUCCCAUGGUCGUCUUGCUCGAAUAAUGGAAAACACUACAGAUCAACGGCCAACGCAUUUAUAUUCUCGUUCUCGGGUAACCGAUAUGCGUGUCUAAGAAAAGUAGAGAACGUAAAUAGGGCGGUUUGCUUUAACCAUGGGGGACCGUGUUUUGGGAGAGGUGACCUGUGCAUGAGCAAUAAGAAGAGAGGUAUUUGUUAUCAAAGGGAUUAUACAAAUCCGUUACAAUAUCAAGGGGAUUUUGUAACUGAAGAAGUUGAGGCGUUUUCGGUGACUUGGGCUAAUAUAAGAACGGAAGCGACGCAACGUGAGAAUAGAUGUUUUAGAAUGAGUGUUGAUGAGUUGUUUGGUACUGCGUUGAUGUGA